AUUAUAAAACUUCUUGAUAUUUUCCCAGGUGUGUAUAGAAUAACAAAUAUGUCAGUGAAACCUACAAAGAUGGUGCGCGCAACAUCGUGGAGUGACGAUGUAGAAGAAGCGUAUCGGUUCCAGUUGGCCGGAUACAGGGACGCACAGGAUUACGCAGUCUGCAAAAAAGCCGAGACAGACAGAUGGCCACACAAUGGAUAUAUAAAGAAGCUGAUUCGUAAGGAUGGGUGCUGGUACUACGAGAGUGUUCCGACAAAGAUGUACCCAAGUGCAAACUAUAUUCCUAUUAAUUAUCUACUCCCUCUAGCUAGCUAAUUAACACUGAAUUAUAAAGACUGUGUCUGUAAAUAUUAUACAUGUAUAUGGGAAGUCUGCAUGUUAAAUAUCUGAGGUGUUACAAGCUUGAAAUUCUCUUUUUGUGUGUUUGUUUAAAAGUCUCUUAUUUAUAUCUUUUGAUGUUUUGAAAAUUUUCACUGAAACUAUUUCCCAAGCAUGAAACAUUCAGCUUCAUGUUCAUUCAUAUCAUCACCAUGUUAUAACAUGCUUCAUUUGUAAAAUAUUUUAUUUAUUUUGCCCAAAGUUGGCACGUUGAUAUGAUCGGUCACAGAUGUGGCCGACUGUGUGAAAUUCAAAUCACACUCAAGUAGAUUAUUUAUACACUAGCAUACUGUGGCCAUGUUAUAAAUAACUAUUACAUGAAUUAUUGAUUUGCACUCAUUCAAAUUUUUCCUCAUAAGAUGAGAAGUACUAUUGGAGAUCAGUAUUAACUAGCAUUUUGUUGGAUGUGACCUGAGUUAUAUUGUGACAGAGUACUAGAUAUUUGAAGUACGCAUUUUUAGAGUACUGAUUAAUUAUAAAAAGCAUUGUUGAUCAAUAAAUUGACAAACAAGAAACAUUCGUUUCUGGGUUAUUAUUAUUUUUUUUAAUAAAAAAAGACAAACUCUGGUUAAAAGAUGAGUUUACAGGACAGUGGUGUUGUAUGAUUUUGUUUUUCCUCGUUCUACUUGUUGUCAAUAGUUGAAGCAUGCAUAAUUACAAUUACAUAAUACAUCCCUAAUUAAUGUCUCAGAAGCAAUGGUCCAGCCACUACCUUUGUAUAAGUAUUGAAUACUUAGGACCAUUUCAUAGCUCUCA